AUGCGUAAAAUGGCAGGAAAAAAAAUGUUAGUCAGAGUCCAGUUUUAGAAUUCCGUUUAUCCGUAUGCUUCAUAUCCGUACUCGUUAUUAGGGG